GAGGGAGACAGAUUGACUUCAAGAGGGAGGGAGAGAGAGAGAGUGAGGUGAGGUAUUGAAAAAAGAAAGGGCACAGGUGAAGAAACAUCCUGAAAGGUGAACAGAAAAAUCAAAUCUUGCGAUCCUACUCUCAAGAACACCAUGAGCAGUCAGUUUAACAAGGGACCGUCCUACGGGUUGUCUGCGGAAGUAAAGAACAGGCUAGCACAGAAGUAUGACCCCCAGAAGGAGGCUGAGCUCCGGGUGUGGAUAGAGGAGGUCACUGGCAUGUCUAUUGGGUCAGAUUUCCAGCAAGGGUUAAAGGAUGGCGUCAUCUUGUGCGAGCUCAUGAACAAACUGAAGCCAAAGUCCAUCCCAAAAGUGAACGUGUCUAAACAGAACUGGCACCAGCUGGAGAAUAUUUCCAACUUCAUUAAGGCUUUGUCUCAGCAAGGGAUGAAGUCCGUGGAUCUUUUUGAAGCCAACGAUCUGUUUGAGAAUGGGAAUAUGACACAGGUUCAGGUGUCUCUACUUGCAUUGGCUGGGAUGGCAAAGACAAAAGGUCUGAACAGCGGUAUGGAUAUUGGGGUGAAAUAUUCUGAAAAACAAGAGAGGAUGUUUGAUGAGAACACAAAGAAAGCAGGACAGUGUGUUAUUGGGCUUCAGAUGGGUACAAAUAAGUGUGCCAGCCAGUCUGGGAUGACAGCAUAUGGCACAAGGAGGCAUCUGUAUGACCCUAAGAACAAUAUCUUGCCACCUAUGGACCACUCUACCAUCAGCCUGCAAAUGGGCACCAACAAGGGAGCCAGUCAGGUGGGAAUGACAGCUCCUGGUACGAGACGUCACAUCUAUGAUACCAAGUUGGGGACUGAGAAGUGUGAUAAUUCCUCCAUGUCACUGCAGAUGGGCUACAACCAGGGUGCAAACCAGAGUGGACAGAUAUUUGGGCUUGGAAGGCAGAUAUAUGAUCCUAAGUACUGCCCUCAGGGAAACCCCAGCAAUCUGCCCCACGAAUAUGAUGAAGAAGAGGGGCAACCACAAUAUGGUUAUAUACAGGAGCAGGACUUCUGAACUCCAAAAAGGGUGGGCAACAGGGCAGUAAGGCACGUCUGUGUUUAGGGGACUAGUCAAGAGAAUGAAUAUAGAUAGGAAGGAAAAGGCUGUGAACGUCUGACUUUUUAUUUAUAUAUCUGCUACAUGCUGAAACCGAAUGCAGGCACGGAAAUAAUGAUUAUAUUCUAAAGCCUCCAAAAAGUAAAAUUAAUUAACCUUAACAAUUUUUUUUUUCUUGGUGAGGCAAAGGGAAAUAUGUUCAGAAAAUGACAAGUUCUUUACUGAAGUGCUCUAUACACAGUAUUAACCCUUUCCACACAGAAAAUCACCUAAUCUCAGAAGUGCCUUAUUGCUUUUAGAGUCAUAUAACAAAUACUUGUGCCUUUCAAAUGCUACCACCUGGACUCUAAAUGCACAUUUUUUUGAGACAUCAAGUAUGUGCCUGGUUUAGGAUGUAUAGCAGUGUAUUCUCAGCUUUGUGCUUAUCAUAUAGAUGUCUUUAAGAUAAGAUAAGUAUGAAAUAUAUACAUACCAGGGUGGCAGUAUUUGUAGGAUUAAGAAAAUUGAUGAAAUGUGCUCAUAGCUCUCCGGGUAAUGGGUACUGUGCUUUGGAGACUAUUUAUGCUGAUUUUCUGGACCAAAAGUUUGCCUUUUUUUAUUGAAAUUUUCUGUACAGAAAUGCAUUCUUGUAUAUAUAUUUUUUUUAAUUGUAACCUUUUUUGUAAACUUUUUGUUUAGGACCAAAUGACCUCAGUACCUUUUUUUUUCUGUUGGAUGUGGGAAACAUACAAUAUCUCAUGGCUGUUACAAAAAAAAGCUAUAUGUUGUUUUACAUUUCCAUGGAUAGUGCUACAUAACCCCUCUCUCCUAACUGCAUAUGACAAUCUCCUUUAUAGGAAACAAAAUGUACCUCGUUUAUACUAUUGGUUUUCCCGUCUAUAUGUUCCUAAUCAUUCAAUAAAUUGUAGUAUGAAGUCAGGCUGCAGAGAGGGGAAAGAUAUUGAACUUAUUACAUUCCAGAUAAAAUAUCACAUUCUAAUAAAUUAUCUAACUGGACAUCUCAAUAGAAAAACCAACAUCAUUUUUUUAAAUGUCUUCUGUUUAUAUGUAUGGCAAAACCAACUUGGUAUAGAAAAAGAUCUGUGAAUUUGUUACUGGAGUCUGGACUGCGUCAUGCACAUGUGUAAGAUUUUAAAGCUAAACACCAUACUUUAUAACACAUUUGUACGCCAUGACCUAGCAUCACUGAACCUCUGUAUGCUGUGAGAUGAUGUGCUAAGGCAGGGUUUGUGCUUGAGAUAUAUUACACAAAUGUUCAGAAUGGUUUCUUAUUGAAUAAACUUUGUGACUGGA